AUGGGUGGCCGCGGCGCCCCUCUGUGCGCGGCGCAGCCCGGGGUAGCCGAGAGCGGCCGGGCUCAGGAGCCGCUGCCGUUGCUGGAGGUGUCCCCUCUCAAGAGGCUGCCGGCCGGCCCCGACCAGGACCCAUGUGGCAGCCGCCCUGCACCGGAGGGCGCCGGGGCCGGCGUCGAGCAGGGCCACUCGGACGGUGGAGGCGGUUGGUGCCGCCACUGUCACACCAAGCUCGCCGAGCUCAAGCGACAGGCGUGGAAGCUGGUCAGCGGGCCCGGGACACCCCUCCGGGACCCUCGCCUCUCUGCUCUGCUCCUGGACAAGCUCCCGGCACCCGGGGCCCUGCCGGUGUGCCGUCCUGAGGCUGAGCGCCGCUGUGAUGUCUGUGCCACCCACCUGAACCAGCUCACGCGGGAGGCCCUGCAGCUGCUCCAGGCGCCUGCCCGCCGGGAGGACUCCGACGCCCCCCGUGGAGGCCCUGGUGGCAUGACCAGCCCGAGGGAUGCACCGGGCCCAGCGGGCCCAGCAGGGAGGCCAGUGGGCCGGGCCGGGCCAGACAGGAGGAAGGGGCCGGCCUGGCUGCCUGGUCCCAGCGUCCAGGUGUCAGUGUCCCCCUCGGGACCUGGGGGAGCAAUGAGCACCGUCACCAUCCAGGCCCAGCAGUGCUUGGAGGGAAUGUGGAGCAUCUCUGGGGUGAACAGCCUCCUCCCGCCAACGUGCCUGGCGGAGGCGGCAGUGGCCGCGGUGGCGGUGGCGGAGACGGUCAGAGACGGCCCCCCCACAUCGGACCCCGACGGUGUGUCACAGGCGUGGGGCCUCGGCGGGGCCUGUACCACAGCCCUGGUCACCCCGGCCCCCACGGCGGCAGGUUCUGCAGGACCGUCGGCCGCGGCCUCCUUCUUCCUCAGGGCCGCCCAGAAGCUCAGCCUGGCCUCCAAGCGCAAGAAGCCCCCUCCGCCGCCGCCACCACCCCCGGCCCCCACCACCCGCGGUGCCUCCACCUACCCCACGGACUUCAGUGGCAUCCUGCAGCUGUGGCCGCCGCCCGUGCCCCCCUGCCUGCUCAGGGUCGCCAAGGCUAAGGACACCCCUGGUGGUGUUGGAAAGGUGAAAGUCACGCUGAGGAUCUGGCCCUCGCAGGGCGCCCAGCACUUGGCCGAGUCCAUGUCCUUCCUGAAAGUGGACCCGAGGAAGAAGCAGCUGAUCCUGUAUGACCCGGCCGCUGGGCCCCCCAGCAGUGCCAGCCCCCGGCGUGCAGCCACCGCCGCGGUGCCCAGGAUGUUUGCCUUUGAUGCUGUCUUUCCCCAGGACUCGGAGCAGGCAGAAGUCUGCUCGGGGACCGUGGCUGACGUGCUGCAGGCUGUGGUCAGUGGGGCUGACGGCUGCAUUUUUUCCUUCGGCCACACGAGGCUUGGCAAGUCGUACACCAUGAUCGGGAAGGACAGCUCUCCCCAGAGUCUGGGCGUCGUGCCCUGCGCCAUUUCCUGGCUCUUCAAGCUCAUCCAGGAGCGCAAGGAGCGCAUGGGCACCCGCUUCUCGGUGCGCGUCUCGGCUGUGGAGGUGUGCGGUCGCGACCAGAGCCUGCGCGACCUGCUGGCUGACCUGGACUCCGGCAGCCUCCAGGACGCACAGUCCCCGGGCGGGUACCUGUGGGAGGACCCCGUCUGCGGGGCACAGCUCCAGAACCAGAGCGAGCUGCGUGCGCCCACAGCCGAGAGGGCAGCCUUCUACCUGGAUGCGGCCCUGGCUGCCCGCAGCUCCAGCCGACCCGGCUGCGGCGAGGAUGCCCGGCGCAGCUCCCACCUGCUGUUCACGCUGCACGUCUACCAGUACUGCAUGGAGAAGUGCGGCCGGGGCGGAAUGUCUGGGGGCCGAAGCCGCCUGCACCUCAUUGACCUGGGCAGCUGCGAGGCGGCGGCACCCAGCCGGGGCGGGGAGGCCGCUGGGGGCCCCCUGUGCCUGUCCCUGUCGGCCCUGGGCAGUGUCAUCCUGGCCCUGGUCAAUGGAGCCAAGCACGUGCCCUACAGGGACCACAGGCUGACCAUGCUGCUGCGUGAGUCCUUGGCCACCACCAACGGCCGCACCACCAUGAUUGCACACAUCUCGGACGCACCGGCCCACCAUGCUGAGACACUGAGCACCGUGCAGCUGGCCGCUCGCAUCCACCGCCUACGCAGGAAGAAGGCCAAGUAUGCGUCCAGCUCUUCAGGCGGAGAGAGCUCGUGCGAGGAGGGCCGUGCCCGCCGACACCCGGCCCUGCGGCCCUGCCCCCCACGCACCGCGGCCCUGGACCCCGAGCGCCGGGCACCCGGCGACCCCGACUACUCGUCGAGCAGUGAGCAGUCCUGUGACACCGUCAUCUACGUGGGGCCCGGGGGGGCGGCGCUGUCGGACCGCGAGCUCAGCGACAACGAGGGCCCCCCUGACUUCGUGCCCAUCAUUCCUGCGCUGGGCCGCCGCCGGACCUCUGGGGGUCCUCGGGACGCUGACUGCGACCACUUCCGCUGCAGCACCUUCGCUGAGCUGCAGGAGAGACUGGAGUUCAUCGACGGCAGCGAGGGCCCCCCGGCGCCCCCGGCCAGCCCUGCCCGCGCGGCCCGGAAGCCCCAGCCCCCCGAGGCGGCACCCCCUAGGAAGGCCCCAGGCGCUUGGCUCGCGGCCAGCAUACCUCUGGACAGCCCCAGCCCAGAUCCCCUCGGGGGCACCCCUGAGCCCUCCAAGACUGGCGCCCGGGGAGACCAGAGAGAGGUGCCCGUGACGGCCAAGGCCCCCGGGGGCAGAAGGCCGCUGCCUGGCCCUGCCCCUCCACCACUACCCCAGCCAGAGGAGCCUGGGGGAGGGGGCACAUGCGUCGCGGUGCGGACACCCACUGCGGGCUGCCCCCGCCUUCUGGCUCAAGGCCGCUGCCUGGACCGGGGCCUGCUGACCACCACGGUGACCCUGCAGCAGCCCGUGGAGCUCAAUGGGGAGGACGAGCUGGUGUUCACGGUGGUGGAGGAGCUGCCGCUGGGCGGCUUCGCCGGCCCCCGGCCUGCCAGCCUCGCCAGCUUCAGCAGCGACUGCUCCCUGCAGGCCCUGGCCUCGGGCUCGCGGCCAGUCAGCAUCAUCAGCAGCAUCAAUGAUGAGUUCGACGCUUACACCUUGCAGGCUACCGACAGCCCUGGGGGGCUCUGGGAUGAGGCGGCCUGGACUGUCGGUAGCCAUGGCUCCUCCAUCAGCUCCUGGCUCAGCGAGGUCAGCGUCUGCGCGGCUGACAGCCGAGGCCCCACGCCGCAGCCCCCCUUCUGGGCCAGCCCUGACCCUCUCAGCCCUGAGUCGCUGGCAGGGCCCGGCCCUCGGGGACCUCCCACGCUAGAGGGCUCCCCAGAGGAUGGUAACUUCGGGCUCCCAGAGCGAAGCAGAUCGGACAGCCCAGCUCGGGCUUCUCACCUGGGAGAGUCAGCCUCCGUGGCCCCCUCCCGGUCUGGCAGGGAGCCCCGGCCGGGGUCCCCGCGGGGUCCACCCCCAGCACACACCAUCCAUUCCAGCCUUCCCCGGAAACCCAGGACUACCUCCGCUGUAGGCCAACAGGGUGGCCUGCGCCUGGGCCAGAGCCCCCCGGGCCCCGAGGGCCUGUUCGAGGACCCGUGGCUGCUCCGUGCCGAUGAGGCUGACGCCGUCCCGGCGGCCUCUGCCGGCAGGGCCUCCAGCCCGCCCGUGGGCCCCCCCUGGCCGCCUGACGCCCAAGCACUGCCGGCGUGUUCCCAGAGGGUGGUGGACGGGUGUGAAGUGGUCACCAGAGCAGCACGGCGGCCCGAGGCACGGAUUCCGCCACUGCGGAGGGGCGCCACCACGCUGGGCGUGACCACGCCCACGGCGUCCUGCGGGGACACGCCGGCUGAGGCCGCAGCCUCUUGGGGCAGCCUGAAGGCCACCUCCAGCAAGAAGAGCACCACUCCCAAGAGCGGUCCCCUCCUGAGGCCUGGCGGAGUGGUCCCCCCGGCCCCGCCCGUGCGCAAGUCCAGCCUGGAGCCCAAGAACAGCCCGGCCCCUCCCCCGGCCGUGGGCCUCACUCGGGCUGCCGUGGCCACCGCCCUCCGAGGGGAAGAGGAGGCCAGGCCCAGCGGUCGGGGUGACCACCCUGCUCCCAGGGCCACGUCCAGCCUGAAGGGGCGGGCUGGCAAGGCUGAGGCUGCACACCGUCCCGCUGCACCUGCGUCACUCGAGCGGCCCGAAGGCCUGGCGCACAGCGGUGGCAGGGCCAGGGAGCCUGCUGGGCGGCCAGGCCGGGCCGUACCCAGGCUGGGGGUGCCAUCCACCAGCCCCACGCCAGGGCCUGCUCCCACCUGCAGGGGCAGCCCCGCCAAAGGCAUCGGGGCCCCCAAGCCCCCAGUCGCAGGGGGCAAGGCCCGCAGCCUGGCUUCUGGCGGGGCGAGGGCUCUGAGCACCUCCGUGAGGUCGCUGGCCCCCUCGGCGUCGGGCAGGACCCCCAGCGGCCCCGUGCUGGGCCCCAGGGCGGCCUCGCGGGCAGCGCCCAGUGCCGGGGCGAAGGCUGGACGGGGCACCGUCAUGGGCACCAAGCAGGUGACGGCGCCGCGGCGGCCCCAGCGCCGCAGCAGCGGGCACGGCAGCGACAACAGCAGCGUGCUGAGCGGCGAGCUCCCGCCCGCCAUGGGCCGCACCGCCCUCUUCUACCACAGCGGCGGCAGCAGCGGCUACGAGAGCAUGAUCCGCGACAGCGAGGCCACCGGCAGCGCCUCCUCCGCCCCCGACUCCAUGAGCGAGAGCGGGGCCGCCUCCCCGGGCGCCCGCUCCCGGAGCCUCAGGUCCCCCAAGAAGAGGGCCACAGGUCUGCAGCGACGGCGGCUGAUCCCGGCCCCGCUGCCGGACGCCGCCGCCCUGGCCCGCAAGCCCAGCCUCCCGGGGCAGUGGGUGGGCCUGCCGCCCCCGCUGGCCGGCGCGCUGAAGGAGCCCUUCGAGAUCAAGGUGUAUGAGAUCGACGACGUCCAGAGGCUGCAGCGGCACCGGGCGGCCUCGCGAGAGGACUCUGCCGAGGGCCUGGCGAGCGUGGGUGCCCGGCCGAGGCUGGCGGGACGCAGGCUGCAGCGGCUGCGGGAGGUGCAGGCCUGGCGCCAGCACCUGUGUGAGGAGCUGGCGGAGACCCAGGGCCGGCUGAUGGUGGAGCGGGGCCGCUGGCUGGAGCAGUUCGAGGUGGACCCGGAGCUGGAGCCGGAGUCGGCCGAGUACCUGGCGGCCCUGGAGCGUGCCACGGCGGCCCUGGAGCAGUGCGUCAACCUGUGCAAGGCCCACGUCAUGAUGGUUACCUGCUUUGAUGUCAGCAUCGCUGCCUCUGCUGCCGUCCGGGGGCCGCAGGAGGUGGACGUCUGAGGCUG